AUGCUGCUAGGGGCGUCGUGGCUGUGCUCCUCCAAGGCCGCCGCCGCCGCCGCCGAGAAGCGCGCCGCCGAGGAGAGGCGGCGGCGGCCGGCGGCGGCGGCGGCGGCGGCUGCUGGAGGGGGCGGCGGCGGCGGCGGCGGCGAGGGACCCCCGGCCGCCCCCUCCUCGCCCUCCCCCCCCUCCGCCGCGUCCGGCAUGGACGAGUCGUCGCUGCUGGACCUGCUGGAGUGCUCGGUGUGCCUGGAGCGGCUGGACACGACGGCCAAGGCGCUGCCCUGCCAGCACACCUUCUGCCGCCGCUGCCUGGAGCGCAUCGUCAGCUCCCGCCGCGAGCUGCGCUGCCCCGAGUGCCGCGUCCUGGUGGGCUGCGCCGUCGACCAGCUGCCCCACAACAUCCUCCUCGUCCGCCUGCUCGACGGCAUCCGGCAGCGGCCCCGCGCCCCGACGGCGGCAGGGGGGGCGGGCCACGGGGGCCACGGGGGCCACGGCGGGGGCGCCCCUGCCCCAGCAGCAGCAGCAGGAGGAGGAGGGACCCAGGCCCAUGCCCAUGCCGCCGCCGCCCCCCCGGGCUGCCACCCCGCCGCCUCUCCCAGCGCCGCCGCGGCAGCCGCCUCGGCCGCUGCCAGCCUCCGGGAGCUCGCCGCCGCCAGCCGCAGCGCCCCGCUCAAGAAUUCCUCUCAGCUUCCAUAUGCAAAGGCUCUGUAUGCUUAUGAGGGGAAAGAGCCAGGUGAUCUUAAGUUUAACAAAGGAGACCUUAUUAUAUUGCGACGAAAAGUGGAUGAGAAUUGGUAUCACGGGGAACUGAACGGAAAUCAUGGCUUUUUCCCAGCAAGCUACAUCCAGUGUAUCAAGCCACUUCCACCAGUUCCACCUCAAGGCAAAGCACUUUAUGACUUUGAAAUAAAGGACAAAGAUCAAGACAAGGACUGUCUAACCUUCACUAAGGAUGAAAUAUUGACGGUCAUCAGGAGAGUAGAUGAUAACUGGGCAGAAGGAAUGCUGGGAGAUAAGAUUGGGAUAUUCCCUAUUCUGUAUGUGGAGCUCAACGAAUCAGCUAAACAGCUUAUAGAGACGAACAAGACCAAUCUAGCUGCUGCAUCUGGCAAUGAUGUCUCUUUGCCUGCUGACAUUAACCUGGCAGUAAAUACAAGCCAGUGCUGUAUCUUGAACAGUGCCGGAGCAGUCAGUGCCAUUCAGAGGCAUAUCGAUGGCAAGAAGAACACCAAGAAGCGCCACUCAUUUACCGCUCUCAGUAUGACCCACAAAUCCUCCCAGGCCUUGAAUAACAGGCAUUCCAUGGAGAUUAGUGCCCCUGUCUUGAUAAGUUCGAGCGACCCCCGUGCUGCUGCCAGAAUUGGAGAUGUGGCUCAUCUCUCAUCCAGUGCUCCGGUCCAGGAUUCAACAUUAGCUGGAUCUGCAACCAUGGCCGGACCCAGAGCAAGCACCAUUAGUGGAGAUCAAGCCACACCACCAAAGGUCCAGCUACCUCUAAAUAUCUACCUGGCAUUAUAUGCCUAUAAGCCUCAGAAGACAGAUGAGCUGGAGCUUUGCAAGGGUGAAAUGUACCGCGUCACUGAGAAAUGUCAGGACGGCUGGUUCAAAGGGACAUCCUUGAGAAACGGCAACUCUGGAGUCUUUCCGGGCAAUUAUGUAACUCCUGUUUCCAGAGUCCCUUCAGGAGCUGGUCAGCCUAGGAACCUAGUAGGAGGGUCUCCCACAGCAAAAGGCUCUCUGGGAGCUGUUCACCCGGGAGGUCCAGCUCUUACAAAUUCUGCUACCAUUAUCAGACCUGCCGUCCCAAUAACAACCCCUCCCACUCAACCCCAGCUGCCAACAGCCUCCCCACAGAUGAAUAACUGCUCAAGGUAUUCUUCCCAACCAACGGUCAUCCAGGCUCGUGGUUCUGCACAAAUGGUUGUGCACCCUUCCGUCCAAGCACAAGACCGGCCCACAGCAACGGUCUCACCACUGAGAACCCAGAACUCUCCAUCCCGUCUCCCGGCCACUGUGGUCAGGCCACACUCCAUGGUGUCUCCACAGCACAUCCACCACUCCCCAGUGCACGUCAUCCCAGGGGCACAGUGUGCCAGACCCAUGAUUCCCCUGACUUCAGCAGCAGCAGCAAUUACGCCUCCCAACGUCACUGCCGUCAGUCUGAAUGGAGAUGCAGGAGGCGGGCCCAUCAGCAGCUUGGCAACCUGCAGCCCGACCAACACAGCCUGCAAAGCAGAGGAGAGGAAGAAUGAAAAGAAAGAAAAGAAAAGUGGACUUUUGAAACUUCUUGCAGGAGCUUCAACGAAAAAGAAAUCCCGUUCUCCUCCGUCCAUAUCCCCAACUCAUGACCCCCUGUCGGUGAUGGAGGGAAUGCUGCAGGGAGCGAUAGGACCUGAACUGUCUUCUCUGUCCAGCCAUGGAAGGGCAGGCUCGUGCCCCAUCGAAAGUGAAAUGCAAGGAGCAAUGGAGAUGGAACCGCUGCACAGAAAAACAGGCUCCUUGGAUUUGAAUUUUUCUGUCCCCUCUCCCAUAAGGCAGCCAGCUCCUUCGAUGGCAGCCAUCCACCCGGAGCCUAAGCCAUUAUCUCGAGAAAGGUAUCGUGUCGUGGUUCCGUACCCGCCUCAAAGUGAAGCUGAGAUUGAACUGAAAGAAGGUGACAUUGUGUUUGUCCAUAAGAAAAGAGAUGACGGCUGGUACAAGGGGACAUUACAACGAAACGGCAGGUCGGGCCUUUUCCCGGGAAGCUUUGUGGAGAGCUUUUGAGGGCCUGCGCUC